UCUCUUCCGCGUUCUUGGCUGAGCGAGCUGCUGGCUGGGAGUGCGCGACAGGCCCUGUCGGGAGUCAGCUGAGGAAAAUUUGAAGUACAGCCAUACCCCAUUUUAUUGCACUUCGCAAUUAUCGCGUCUUUUACAAAUUGAAGGUUUGUGGCAACCCUGCGUUGUCAGAUGAUGGUUAACAUUUUUUAGCAAUAUUUUUAAAUUAAGAUUUUCAUGCCAGGUAUGAUGAAGCAGAGGCCAGUGGAAAACUGAAGAAUGUCUGCUAUGUACAGAGGCCAUUGAAACACUUCCUGCAGCUGGAAGACAGCAGCCCCCUGACAGGAGCAUUAUUGCAUUUGGAAUUUCAAGUUUACAGAGGGUCUGCUUCGCAAAGUUGAGUAGACCUAUAGAGAUGGGCAGCAGUGAACCCGUUCCCAUUGCAGAAAGUGACAAGAGGAAGAAGAAGAAGCGGAAGGCCCGGGCCACUGACUCCUUGCCAGGAAAGUUUGAAGAUACGUACAAACUGACCUCUGAGCUGCUUGGAGAGGGAGCCUAUGCCAAAGUUCAGGGUGCCGUGAGCCUGCAGAAUGGCAAGGAGUAUGCUGUCAAAAUCAUUGAAAAACAUGCAGGACACAGUCGGAGUAGGGUAUUUCGGGAGGUGGAGACGCUGUAUCAGUGUCAAGGAAACAAGAACAUUUUGGAGCUGAUUGAGUUCUUUGAAGACGACACAAGGUUUUACUUGGUCUUUGAGAAAUUGCAAGGAGGCUCCAUCCUGACCCACAUCCAGAAGCAGAAGCACUUCAACGAGCGAGAAGCCAGCCGAGUGGUGCAGGAUGUCGCCGCAGCCCUUGACUUCCUGCAUACCAAAGGCAUUGCUCACCGCGAUCUGAAGCCAGAAAAUAUAUUGUGUGAAUCUCCAGAAAAGGUGUCUCCGGUGAAAAUCUGUGACUUUGACUUGGGCAGUGGGGUGAAACUGAACAACUCCUGCACCCCCAUAACCACACCAGAGCUGACCACUCCAUGUGGCUCUGCAGAAUAUAUGGCCCCUGAGGUGGUAGAAGUCUUCACGGAUGAGGCCACUUUUUACGACAAGCGCUGUGACCUGUGGAGCCUGGGUGUGGUCCUCUACAUCAUGCUGAGUGGCUACCCGCCCUUUGUGGGUCACUGCGGAGCUGACUGUGGCUGGGACCGGGGAGAGGUCUGCACGGUGUGCCAGAACAAGCUGUUUGAGAGCAUCCAGGAAGGCAAGUAUGAGUUUCCUGACAAGGACUGGGCUCAUAUCUCCAACGAGGCCAAAGACCUCAUCUCCAAGCUCCUGGUUCGAGACGCGAAACAGAGACUGAGUGCCGCCCAAGUUCUGCAGCACCCGUGGGUGCAGGGGGACCCAGAGAUAAGUGGGAAACAGCCUCUGCCUUUUAGGAUCUCCCUAUCCAGUGGAAGAGACCGUGUCAGCAACCAUCACGCAAGCUGGCUUCAAAAAGCACUUUAACAGGCGUGCCCUGUACCCAACCCAGCCCACCCACCCAAGUGGAGCAGAGUCCCGUCUGUCUGAAGCAGCACUAAUCCUUUCUUGAGGCUCCAUCGUGUGCCUGGGACUGUGCUCGUCCUGCCAGAGUUAGCAACAAAGAAAAAUGGCGCCUCGAUCCACAGUCCUCAUGUUCUUCGAGCAGAAGGCUUCUGUGCGCGUUGCCUUGGUAAUCCUCAGAACCAGACUCAGAGGACUGUAUGGGGAGCGCCUUUAGAAAUUCCCAAGGAGGUGGCAGAGGGAGCUCUGAGUGUCAGGGCAGAAGACUGGGCGCUGCUGCCAGCUUUGCUCCCUGGGGGAGCAGAGAGCCGAGAUGGGGUGCGGGGCUCUUCCCUGUGGGGGCAGGUCAUGGGCCAGGCUGCCAGGUGUUCUGCACCGUGAAUCCUCCGUGUCAACGAGGACAUACUUUUUGUUGAUGGUCCUUCCUUUGCAGGAACCCUUACCAUCCUCCCGUCCCUUCUUCAUCUACCCGGUGUGGGAUGGGCUGGAUAAAUUGGCCUGCAGAAUCUGAGCCUUUUGACCCAAAGUCUCCUUGUCCCUGGGGACUGGGAAACAGGGUGUGACUUUUGUCUCUGGACUCCAGCCGCACCCUGGUCAAUCCUCCAGGUUGGCCCAGCAGGGAUGUGACUUACAGGAGCUUCCUGGACCGAGUAUUCCACCCAUCCCACUCCCCAGGUCCACCUGGCAAGGCCUCUCUCAUCCACAGCUCUGCUUAAAUGCUACUGUGCCUACUUCGGUUUUGCUGGCAUUAUUGUGCACUUACUAAGUAACAAGUACUUUCUGAGAAGCUCACAGGUAUUAUCUCAUUUAAUUCUCAGAGCAGUUAUAUGAGGUAAGGUGCUAUUUUACCGCCCUUACCAUGAAAAACCAAGCAGAAAAAGGAAAAAAAUAGUUUGCCCACAGCUGUAGAGCUAGGAAGGUAGAACUGGAAUUCUUUCCAGAGAGACCUGAUACCCAGAGCUGUGCUACCUGGGUUCAAAUCCCAGCUCUUCCACUUACUGGCCUUGGGCCCUGGGCAAGUUACAUAAUCUCUGAGGGUCUCAGUUUGUUAAACCAAAAAUUGGGGAGGCUAGUGCUUACCUCGUGGUGCUACUGUGAAAGUUACAAAUUAAUGAAUGUAAAGUGUUUAGAGCAGUUCCAAGCACACA